AACAUCCCAAUUCUCAACCAACUCAAAACUCCUCUGCUCUUUUCUGAACUUACGCAGUUAGCCUUAAAGAAAAUGGCAUCCAAAAUCAUGAAUAUAAUGGCUUUGGUCAUAGUAUUGGUGGCCUUAUUUUGGAAUGAUGCUACAGCUCAAUCGAAUUGUAUGACUACACUUGUUGGAUUGGCCCCAUGUAUGAAUUACGUUACUGGAAAUUCAUCAACUCCAUCCUCAUCUUGCUGCACAGCACUAUCCGGUGUUGUCCAAUCCAAUCCUCAAUGCCUUUGCUCUUUGCUUAAUGGUGGUGGUUCUGGUCUUGGUGUUGCCAUAAAUCAAACUCUUGCUCUAGCUUUACCUGGUGCUUGCAAUGUACAAACUCCUCCAGUUAGCCAGUGCAAUGCAGCUAAUGGACCUAGUGGUUCAGUGCCAGCUGCAAGUUCACCUUCAGGUUCCCCUGCCCCAACUGGUUCAUCGGAUGAAACACCUGAUCAAACCCCAUCAACUCCAUCAGGAUCAGGUUCAACCGGAUCUAAGACAAAUACCUCACCAAAUGGAUCCUCAAAUGCUGGAAGCAACAUGAAAAUUUCUUUCAGUUUAAUGGGGUUCUUGCUCUUCAUUGCAUCAACUGCUUUGGCUUUCCCUGGAUUUUGAAGGAGCUUCGCAUGCAGUUACUCCUAUGUCAAUUCUUUGCUAUUAAAACACUCUUACGGAGAGACCCUUUUUCUUGGUCUAGUGUGAUUGGUUGUAACUUAGCUAUUUAUUGUUUCUUUUUUGUAUGUUCGGAGAGCUCGUCAUUGUACCAUCAUUUGUUUUGAAUAUAAUAAUCAUCUUUGUGAAUUGUGAUCACUUGUAAA